CAUUUUAUUUCAUGCUUGUCUCUUAAAUUGCUAGAUGUUUGGGGCCCGAUGUGUGCGAUGGGUUCUUCGGAGCUGUUCCUCUGCCCCAUCCCCAAAGAAUAUUGUGGCCCCCAGGCUGCUCCAAAUCCAAGAGGCUUUGGCUGUCCAGGAUCCAACUGGGCAUGACAUUAAAAUUCAGGGUUGGGUCCGGUCGGUCCGGUCUCAGAAAGAGAUUUUGUUUCUCCAUGUAAGCGAUGGCUCCUCGUUGCAGUAUCUCCAGGUGGUGGCUGACCCACGUUUGGAAUCCAGGACACUGACUUUUGGAAGCGCAGUGGAAGUGCAGGGGAAGCUGGUGAAAAGCCCACACAAAGGACAAAGGGUGGAGCUGGCGGCAGAAAAUAUUCGCGUGGUGGGACCUUGUGACAUUUUGGCCUUCCCUCUGAAAUACAAAGUCCAUCACUCUCUGGAAUAUCUCCGGGAGCUGCCUCAUUUCCGAUGCAGGAGCAAUUUGCUCGGCGCCCUGUUGAGGGUACGCAGUGAAGCCACUGCAGCAAUCCACUCCUUUUUCAAGGAAAAUGGAUACACCCAUAUACACACCCCUAUAAUUACUUCAAAUGACUGUGAAGGCGCUGGUGAAGUCUUCAAAGUUGAGCCUGCAAAUGAGCAGAAAAAACCAGGAGGAGAACCCCAUUUCUUCAGUGUUCCAGCGUUUCUCACCGUCUCAGGACAACUGCAUUUGGAAGUGAUGAGUGGGGCAUUUACUAAAGUGUUCACUUUUGGCCCAACGUUCCGCGCAGACAAUUCUCAAACCCGCAGACACCUGGCGGAGUUUUAUAUGGUGGAGGCUGAAAUAUUUUUUGUUGACAGUCUUCAGGAUAUAAUGCAGGUUAUAGAAGAUCUUUUCAAGACCGUGACAGACAGAGUGCUGUCAAAAUGCCCUCAAGAUGUUGCACUUUUUCAUAAACAUAUAGCUCCUGGCCAAGAGGCGAAAUUAGAAAAGAUGCUGAAGAACCAAUUUAUAAUAAUGUCCUAUACUGAAGCGAUUGAAGUUUUAGAGAGAGCUCAUCAAGAAUUCACAUACAAACCAGCAUGGGGACAGGAUCUCCAGAGCGAACACGAGAAGUACCUGGUGCGACACUGUGGCGAGAUUCCUGUUUUUGUGUAUAACUAUCCCUACGACCUUAAGCCGUUCUACAUGCGAGACAAUGAAGAUGGAGCUCAUCGGACUGUAGCAGCGGUUGAUCUCCUGGUCCCAGAAGUCGGAGAACUUUGCGGUGGGAGUUUGAGAGAAGAUCGCGUGGAGUUCCUGCAGUCUCGCCUGCAAAGGUUGAAGCUUGAAGACACCUAUCAAUGGUACGUAGAACUGCGCCAGUUUGGAUCAACCCCCCAUGGAGGGUUUGGAAUGGGGUUCGAGCGGUACCUGCGGUGUAUCUUGGGCGUUGAGAAUAUCAAGGAUGUCAUUCCAUUCCCCCGAUUUCCUCACUCGUGCGUUUUAUAGCACUUCGUCCCAACUUCUGUCUUCUUUCUGUUGUGACUCUGUGCAACAUUUGGGGAGAGAAAAUAAGACUUCCUUUUUUUUUUCUUUCUCUUGGUCUAUCUUUCCUUUUUCCCUCUCCCCUUUCCAUUAAAUCAGUGUUUCUCAUCCUUGGCCACUUGAAUAUGUGUGGACUUCAACUCCCAGAAUUCCCCAGCCAGCAUGAGUUGAAGUCCACGCAUCUUCAAGCAGCCACGGAUGAGAAACACUGUGCUGAAGAGAUGAUAAACUUCACUCAGGUUUGAAGGC